AUGCGACGUACACACGAUAACUCAGAACCAUCAACAACAUAUUACCUGCCACAUCAAGGGGUUCUAAGGGAAGAUGCACUAACCACGAAACUUCGAGUGGUUUUCAACGGUUCCAACAAAACAACUUCGGGCAUCUCACUCAACGACAUCCUCCACGCGGGCGGAAAGCUUCAAGUGAAUGCAAUGGAUGUUCUCACAUGGUUGAGAAGACAUCGAAUCGGUUUUGGCACCGACAUCGUCAAGAUGUUUAGACAAAUCAACGUGCACAAAGAUGACUGGGACCUGCAACGUAUUCUGUGGUUAGAUGAAACACACCGACUGGUGACCUAUCAACUCACCACACUCACAUACUGGCAGAAAUGUUCCCCAUGGCUCUCUCUGAGAGUCCUGCAGCAGUUAGUCAACGAUGAAGGUCAACGAUUCCCAGCAGCAGUGCCACCGCUAACUAAAGGGCGCUACGUCGACAACAUUUACGGUGGAGCUGACUCAGAGGAAGAAAUCAAAGAAAUGAUAACUCACGUUCAACAAAUCUGCCAUGCGGGCGGAUUUCCACUCCAGAAGUGGACGAGCAAUCACCCAAAGAUUUUCCAGCAACUCAACUUGUCAACGGGAACGACAGGGCCAGUGCAAUUCGAGGAGGCCAUAAUAAAAACUCUCGGAUUGUGUUGGCAUCCAUCGACGGACUCAUUCCACUACAAAGCAAAGACCUUCAACUCAACGAACUUCACCAAGAGAACACUGUUGUCGGAAAUAGCUCAGAUUUUCGACCCUCUUGGAUUCAUCGCACCAGUCAUAGUUCGAGAAAAAAUAUUAAUCCAAGAACCCUGGUUGCUAAAAUCAACGUGGGAUGAUCAACUGCCACUUGAAUACGUACGACGGUGGAAACAGUUCAGGGACGAACUCACGCAACUCGACCUGCUCUCCAUCUCCAGAUGGCUGAGCCUAUCUCCAACGAUCACCAACGAGUUCGUUCACAAUAGAGUGACGAAAAUCCAAGAAGAAUUACCAACAGCUGUGUGGAGACAUGUUGGUGGGAUUUACAACCCCGCUGACUUUGCUUCACGUGGCAUAUCACCGAGUCAACUCAACGAACAUCACCUGUGGUGGAAAGGACCUGAAUGGCUAGCUAAACCGCCGUCAGUCUGGCCACAAAAUACAACCAAUACUUCAACGGAGGUCUCACUCGAAGAGAGACCAGCAUCGGCUCAUCCAGUGGCUGUUGAAGUUAGACAGCAUCCAUUGGCAGAGUUCCUCAACAGAUACUCCACGUUGUCUAAGGUUCUACAAGUCGCAGCAACGAUAACUCGAGCAAUCCAACGAUUUCGCAGGGAACCAACGCCAGAAACGCCAGUGCUAACAACGGGAGAACUCAACGAAGCGAGGAUCGUCUGGAACCUCAACGAGAACACUCAACUUCCUCGACAACAUGCAAUGGCCAAACUGACGCCGAGAAUAGACGACCAAGGAAUUCUAAGGCUGGGUGGAGGACUGAAAAACUCAUUGCUCGAUCCAGACGAAAUUCACCAAGUGAUAUUACCACGGAAGUCUCGGUUACCAACAUUGAUCAUCAACGAAGCGCACCAGAAAACCCUACACGGAGGAGCGCAACUCACCAUGGCCUACAUCAGACAACGAUACUGGAUUGUUGGAGGCAGAAAAACUGUCCAAGCGUUUAUUCUACGCUGCUCUGUCUGCACCAGGUUCAGGGCAACACGAGCACAACAGCUGAUGGGUCAGCUCCCAACGCCGAGAGCAACACCUUCACGACUAUUCCUGCACACUGGAAUUGAUUAUGCAGGACCACUUCCAAUUCUCAAAUGGAGACCAACGAACGCUCAACCAUAA